AUGGGUAUUAAAAGGGAAAGGUUGGAAGAAUCUUGUUCGACAAAGGAAGCAGAGCGGAGGGAUUCAAGAUUAAUCAUAUCAGUUGCCAAGGAGUUGGUAAAAGAAUAUAAACUGUUUAAUGAAGAUAGGGAAGAGCUAAAAGAAAUGCAGAGGCCAAGUUGGAAUCCUCCACCACACAAAUUUUUGAAAUUAAAUGUUGAGGCUGCAUACAAGGAUGACAAGGCAGGAAUUGGGAUAGUUGUAAGAAAUGACAAAGGGGCUGUUGAAGCUUUGAUGGCUGAGCCUGUGAACCAGGUUGCUGAUGCCGUAAUGUCUAGCUUUUCUUAA